AGGGAUGCGUGUAGCGAGCUGAACCCUUUCACCCCUUUAGGGUGGGCCUUUGCAAGGGCUGGGGAUUGUGCGGGUUGUUGCCGUUGUAGGUGGGGCAAUCCGGAACGAUCCUUUAGCUGCUUGCACCUUUGGGAAAAAGAAAGCGCUUCCUGGUUGGAAGGAAGAGAUCGGGAGUCAGCGGAGGUGGGGGACCCACGCGAAAGGAUAGUCCCUGUGAAACCCCCCUUCCCGCCCGGCCCUGAAUUGGUGCCCGGAAAGAAAUUAAUGCAGGUGUCUGAGCAUCUGGUAGCAGAUUCUGCGAGUUCUAUGGAUGCCUCUGCUGUGGGCCAUGAUGGCCCGCUUGGUUUGGAGGACCCCUUCCUUCGUGCCUCCUCUUCUGUUUCUGUCACUCUCCAAAAUCUGGAGGAAUCCCGGGCCCGUCUCUUGCACCCCAUUACGCCUUCUUCUGCAUGGCUCGCUUCACUGAAACCUCCUGACACGAAGAGCCAGGCCUCGCUCGACCACCUGCCAAAACCUGCUGCUCUGAGUUUCUUGGAUCACAAGUGCUCCGACUGGAUCCCUGAGCAGGCCUCGCUUCUCACAGCUGAUGCCAAGAAAUCAUCUUCUAAAUUGAAUCCUCUCUGGUUGGAGAAUCCAUUCCUGAAGGAACCCAUCCUGGCUUCUCUUACUCCUCAGGGACUGGAGGAGUCCAGAGCUCGCUUGCUCUGCCCUUUGGCAUCCUCUGCCCUCCGGUGGUCCUCGCUGAAACCUUCAGAUACACAAUUCCAUGUCCCACUGGGUCCGCUAGAUACCUGUGGCACCCUGACUUCAACAGGGUUUCCGACAGAUUGCGGUACCCAGAAUGAGGCUCACAUACCUCGCUGUGUGCUGGAGCAGCUGCAACUUACAGAUGAGGGAGAGGGGAACGAGGACUUGGGUGGUGUGAUGCCAGAAUACGUCCUGACAGUUCCUGAGGACAAGCUGAAGGAACAGCCAAAUGAGAGAGACUCCUCUGGCCACGAGAUGACAGAGGACAGCCAAGAGCGGGAAACCAGAGCAGACAAGCUGAUGUUGUUGAACCUGGUUUGCUGCUCGUUGGUAGAAGGUUUCAGGUAUGGGAGCCCUAACGGACAGAUGGAGCAGGACUUGGAGCAAGUGUGUGAGAGGCUGGCAGAACAUGAACCUGAAUUUAUCCUCAAGGUUGCCCUGUAUGCUCGUCAGGAACUGAACAUCCGCAGCACAGCUAACUUCCUUCUGGCACUCUCUUCCCGCCUCUUGCCCUGCCGCCCACAUCUGCGCCGCUAUUUCAGCCACACGGUACAGCUGCCCUCUGAUUGGAUGGAAGUAGCUCGGCUUUACGAUGGCCUAGCAAAGACAGGAGAAACUCUGGCUCCAUUGCCUUCCUGCCUCCGCGCUGCGAUGACAGACAAAUUCCGACAGUUUGAUGCAUACCAGUUAGCCAAGUACAAUGUGCGGAAGAGCCGUGGGAAAAAACGUCAUUGGCCAAAGACGAAGAAGAAGGAACUGGAACCAGGUUGCCGCAACCGUUGGGAAAAGCAUGCGUUGGGUCGGAACAAAUUCCUUGCGUCGAAACUGAAAGCUCUCCAAAGAGUGUUUGACGAGCCCUCGGAGUCGGCCCCGAAGCAACCGGCAGCCCCCAGAGAUCCUUUCUCUCUCAAGGCUUUGAUCCAGCGCCUUCAUAUUUCUCAGCCGGCCCAGCAUGUAAUGAGCCUCCUGGGGCGCAGGUAUCCCUCAGACCUGCACACCUUCUCUCGAAGUCGCCUUCCAGGGCCCUGGGACUCAAGCCUGGCUGGCACCCGCAUGAAACUACCGAGACCGCUCACUUGGGACCGGGAGCUGAGCCAACGGGGGAACAAUGCCAAAGCCUGGGAAGAUCUGAUCGAUGCAGGGAAGCUACCGUUUAUGGCCAUGCUGCGUAACCUUCGCAACAUCGUGCGGGCAGGAGUGAGUGAAAGACACCACCGACGCCUGCUGAAUCGUCUGGAGAACAAGGAGUCCGUGAUCCGCAGCAAGCAGCUCCCGUUUCGAUUCCUCGCUGCAUACAAGGUCAUCAAGCAACUGGAGGAGGGGCUUAAAGGCAAAGUUCCUUCCAAUAGAGACAUCAUCAAACAGAUCCUGAAGGAGCUCCGGCCACAUCUCCUGGGAAGGCCGAUGCGUUUUUGGACACGUCAGGAAUUACGCCGCUGCAUGGAAGUCCCAUUUAUCUUCCAAUUGGUGAAGUGCAAGAAGAAGAAACUGAUGAAAUUCAGACAAGCGAAUUACAGCCAUGCCAUCCUGCAGCGAUACCAGCAGGCUUUAGAAACAGCAAUUGGCAUCGCUGUGCGGCACAACGUGCCCCCCAUCCCGGGCCGCACUCUCAUCCUGAUUUCUUGCACCUCACUAAUGAGUGAGCCUUAUCUGCGGGCCUCCAAUCUCCGCUGCCCCAGUGCUGAGCAGAAGAAUGACAACAAAGCCCUCACGGGUUUGGACAUGGCCUUCUUGCUGGGCUCCAUGGUGUACUCUGCCUCUGAGCAUGCCCAACUCAUGCUCUGCAAUCAGUCUACGGUCACAGGUCCUGUUGCCAUGACGGGUGCUGUGCUACAGGAUGUGCAUUACCUGCAAGCUCUGGAGAUAGAACGGGGCCACGGUGAUUGUCUUAACAUCAGGGAUGUUGUCGUGGAUCUCCUUUUUCGACGCCAGCAAGUGGACACAAUUCUUUUGUUGAGCUGUGUUGCCGAAGAUGACUCAAGCAUCUGGCUGUAUCGCCAUCACGUGGCCCCCCGUUGCCUCUUUUUCAAUGUCUGUGCAGGCAUUGUAUGGUCAAGGACUUUGGAGUCUGUCAAGCACCUGGAGAUAAGCGGAUUCAGUGAGCAGGUGCUCAGGUUCAUGGCUGAAUGUGGCAGUUCCCGGUUCCUAGAACACGUUGGGAAGAUCGACAAGAUCCACGGCCUGCCUGAGCCACGGGGGGCAGGGGUGGCUAAACUGGAAACAGGAGUUGGACCCUUGAUAUCUGUCCCCCACAGCAGGUGGCGCUCCAUUAAAGUUUUUGUCUCCUCCACCUUCCGGGAUAUGCACGGCGAACGUGAUCUGCUCAUCCGCUCCGUCUUCCCUGAAUUACGAGCUCGGGCAGCCCCGUUCUGCCUGGCAAUAGAAGAUAUUGACCUGCGCUGGGGGAUCACUGAACACGAGGCUCAGAGAAACAAGCAGUUGGAACUCUGCUUGUCAGAAGUUGCACGAAGUCACCUGUUCAUUGGGAUCCUCGGCGAGCGGUACGGCCACAUCCCGGGAGAGUAUUCGUUACCAGAUGAACUCCAAUACGAGUGGGUAAAGUCAUAUCCAGGAGGCCGCUCCGUCACAGAGCUGGAGGCUGUUCAGUUCUUGAAUGGCUGCAAGGGUUCUUCUGCUGGGUCCAGGGCCUUCUUCUACCUCCGAGAACCAGACUUCCUUGGCUCUGUGCCUAAAGCGUGGAAGGCGGAUUUUGCAGCUGAGUCGGAGGAGGCUAAGGACCGGCUGGUGGAUUUGAAGAAACGCCUUGAAAACCAUGAAAGUCUGCCCUCGCUUAGCAGGUACACCUGCCAGUGGGGUGGAGUAGCCCAAGGCCGGCCAUAUGUCAAAAGUCUUGAGGAUUUUGGUGCCAGAGUCUUGCGGGAUGUGUGGGAAAGCCUCUGUCUCCACUUUAUACAGGGAGACGGUUCCGUGCUCAGUGGUGAGCUGGAGGAGGCAGAAGAAAAUAUCUUGCAGGAAUCUUUUCAAGAGCUGCAGCAGAAGAGGUUCUGUGCCCGGGCAAAGCUGCUCCGUGCCACAGCUGCCCAGCUGUGCGGAGGCAGAGUCUGUGUUGUGAGUGGUGAAUGUGGCCAAGGCAAGACUGUCUUCUUGGCAGCCCUGGCCCAGGAACUCCAAGCAAAGGCCCCGCCCCAUGGAGACCCCGCCCCCUGUUACCAUGUCAUGGCUCAUUUCACCAGGGCCCGGCCCGAUCAGGCCAAUGCCCAGGUCAUGUUAGGGCGGCUUUGUGCCCUGCUGAGGAAGCUGAUGAAGCAGCCACCGACCCCGCCCACAAGCUACAGGGGGCUGGUGGGCCAGUUCAACUCCCUUCUCCAUUCCGUGGCCCAGUUGCUGAAGCGUCGGCAAUCUCUGGUGGUUCUGAUUGACGGUGCUGACCUUAUUCAUGCAGCCAGUGGGCAGCUGGUCUCUGACUGGCUGCCUGAACAGCUACCCCAGCGAGUCAGCCUCGUCCUCAGUGUUUCCGAGGAAUCACCUCUCCUCAGGUCUCUCAAACAACGGAAAGAUGUCGCCAUCAUCUCCCUGGGGCCGCUGGAUCCUCCUGACAGGGCUGUCAUCAUCCGCAAAGAUCUGGCAUUGUACGGCAAAAAGUUGGAAGAGUCAGCUUUCAACAACCAGAUGCGCCUCGUACUCCUCAAACGUGGCUCUCGACAACCUUUGUACCUGACACUGCUGACCCAGGACCUGCGGCUCUUUGCCCUGUACGAGAAGCUCUCAGAGAGGAUCCAGAAACUGCCUGUCUCUCUUCCUUUGCUGCUGCAGCAUUUGUUGGGAUGCCUGGAGCAAGACCACGGGCUGGAACUGGUAGCUGUGGCCUUCGCAUCUCUCUGGGCCAGCAGAGAUGGAUUAACUGAGCGAGAUCUGUAUGCUGUCCUGGCUACAUGGAAAGAGCUGAAUGGGGCCGACAUAAACCUGGAAGAAGCCAUUCUUGCUGGGAGACGUUCUGGAAUCUACCCUAUGGCUCCCUUCUUGGACUUCCUCCGGAGCCUGAGGGGCCUCCUUGCGGCAUGUGGCUCUCCAGCAGAACCCCCUGGCUCCCGGCUGCAUCUCUUUGGUACCCCCUUGAAGACGGCGGUGGAAAGGCGUUACCUGAAAAAACCAGGCUUGGCCCACACAGCUCACGUGCUUUUGGCAGCUCACUGGUGGAAACUCUCAGACCCAGAUGGUUCCAGGAGUUUCCGGAACUGUGAGGCAGAAUCUUUGUCAGCUCUUCCCUAUCACUUGGUCCAAAGUGGCUGUCUCAGCAAUCUGGCUUCUCUCCUGACUGACCUGAGAGUCGUGAGCGCUCAUGUCCGGCUGCGUCUCCUCCCCUCCCUCUCUGAAGCUUAUGCGCUCUAUGAGGCUGCCAUUGGCUCAGAGCGCGACGAGACCGUGGACUCUUUCCGUGACUUCUUGCAAAGGAACAUGGGGCUGCUUUCCCAGAAUCCUUCGCUGCUUCUGCAACAGGCAGCAAAUGAGCCGGAUUCCUCAACACUCUCUUUGCAAGCCCAGGCUGAGCUUUGCAGAGACGGAAGACAUUUCCUGAAAUGGAUUAACAAACCCCAGGAAGCCCAAGAAAACAUGAGCCUCGUACUGAAUCUGCCAGCCACCCCUUCCAGUGCCUCAGUUUCCCCCUCUGGAAGCCUGGCUGCUGUGGGCACCGCUGAAGGAACCCUCCACCUCUUGGAUAUGGAGACUGGGCAGGAACUGAAGUCCUUGCUGAGUGCCUGUGAUGGAAUCUCAGCCUGUGUGUUCCUGUCAGAGACGUCUGUCUGUCUCGGGGCCUUCAAUGGAUGCUUGGAGCUUUGGAGCGUGAGGGAAGGAUGCAGGCUUAUGGGCAUGGACGCUCACAAGGCCCAAAUCACCGACUGCUGCAUUGAUUCUGACCUCAGACUGUUAGCUACCGUCUCAUUUGAUGGUUACCUCAAGCUCUGGGAGUCCGCUCAUGGUCAUUUGACACGGGAACGAGACUGUUCACAUCCGUUGAACUGUGCAGCCUUUCACCCUGUGGGACAGGCGGUGGCCACAGGAGGCUGGGAUAGAACUGUCACCGUUCUGGACGUGCAAGAUAUGAGCGUGCUCUCGGAGCUGAAAGGCCACGAUGCCUCCAUCCAUUGCAUUACCUUUUCCCCGACUGGCAACGUUUUGGCAGCUGGGACUCUGGUUGGAACCGUUUGUCUCUGGUCGUGGAAGGAAUCUGUGGCUUUGGGCACUUUCUCAGCUCACUCUGGCUAUGUCGCUGCUGCUCAGUUCCUCCCAGGGGGGAAGCUUAUCACUGGCGGAGAAGACUGUAAGGUCCAGGUUUGGGAAGGCCACUCAGGGCAGCUCUGGAGCACCUUGCAGUCCCCCGCCCUUUCCCCAGCUCUCUGCAUUGCCCCAAAUCCUGAUGGUAGUCGGCUCGCGGUUGGGCACCACUCUGAUGACGUCUGGGUCUACCACCAGCCGUGGCGCUCAGGCUUUGACCCAACUCACUGCAGAGCGAACGGAGUGGCUGUCUGCAGCCUCGCCUGGUUGGACAACCUCCUUCUGGUUGGGGGCAGUGAUGACGGCUCCCUGCGUGUCUGGAACACCACAGAUCUCCAGCCCUUGUGCCUUCGAAAAAUUCAGGGUCACGACAGAGCUGUGACAGGCCUUGUGGUCUCCAAGAACUUGAUGGCAUCGACUUCAGAGGAUUUCACUGUCCGGCUGUGGCUCACAGAGACCCUGAGACCCGGCCCCGCUACAGUCGCCAGCAUCUCCCCACUCGCUGUCCUUCAGGGUCACACGGCUGGGGUGACCUGCUGUGCCUUCAGCCCUGAUGGAUGCUACCUUGCCACUGGAGGCAAAGACCGGGCCUUGUUUCUCUGGGAUGUAAGGGACCCCUCCCAGAAGACCCCUUCCCUCUGGCGCUCCCUGCCUUUCUGCCACCAAGACUGGAUCUCCGUCUGUGCCUGGACAGGUCCCACGCUGCUUUCUGGUUCCAAUGACUGCACUGUUUGUCUCUGGGAUCCUCUAACUGGCAAACGCCUCCGGGUGUUCCUUGGGCACCAGAGCCCCAUCUGUGGAGUUACAAGUGAGAGUGAUCAUGUGAUCUCCAUGGACAGGGAAGGGAUGCUGUUGGCAUGGGACCUCCAGGGAGUGGAGAAAACCCGGUUCCUGGCUCAUCCGGGUCGGGCCAACCACUGUGCAGGCUUCAGCGACCAAGGGGAAAAAGUAUUUAUGUUGGCUGCGGCUGGUUCUGAUGGGACAGUGAACCUUUGGAAGCCCCUGACGAUGGAGCAACCCCAAGUCCUUUCUGGACAUUCUGGUGCCGUUUGUGGGGCUGCUGUUUCUUCAGCAUCUUCCUCUUUCCUGACCAUAGCAGAAGACAAAACAGCCCGGCUGUGGACCCUUCGCAAGAAGGACGGUGGUGUCAGAGGUUUCCCACAGCACUGCGGGGUUGUCACAGCUGUGGCCUGGUCCCCUGAGGGGGAGUUUGCUGUGUCUGGUGGGGAACGUGGAGAUCUGAUGCUGUGGUGGGAAGGCAAGACUGCGGGGACGGCAAAGGUUGGUUCGCACUGCAUCAGCGCCUUGGCCUUCACCUCCGCCCACACAGUCCUGGUCGCCUCGGAGGGAAUUAGCCUCUGGAACAUAAACACCAGUGGAUGCCAUGACGAGACAGGCGGUUUGACAUAUCGGAAGCUUCUGCAGCCGGCAGCAAAGGCUUCGGUGCUGUGUGCAGGAACGCCCAGUCCUGGUGGACCUGUAGUCCUGAGUCUGACUGAUGGCGACCUCUUAGUCCUUAAGCCUCAGGACAAGAAGUUUUGGCACAACAAGGAAAAAGAUUCACCAUGGAAUAUCGGUGAUCAUGUGUGUUUUGACCUCUAUGCAUCCGAGGAGGGUGUUCUUCACAUCUGGGAAUCCAUGAAGAUGCCUAAGUUGUUCAGGAUGAGUGUAACCCAAUCGGGGGAGCUGAAGGAUGAGCAGGAGUGGUGGGACUACAUACCUUGGGAACCAAAAAAUGCAUCUGUCUGGAUUACUGUUACACGGCUGGUGAAGGAAAAGUUCUUGUACUUCGCUGACUCUGAAGGCGCCUUGUGGACUCAGACCCGGCGGCCGCAAGAGGCGGAGGAGAAUCAGGAUGAGCUGUGGCAGCUUGACGGGUGGCAGAGGAGAAAGAUUCACGAUGACAAAAUCACAGCUCUCCACAUCCUUGGAGACAAGAUUGUAACGGCAUCCCAUGACCGGGAUGUGAAGAUCUGGGAUGGCAGCACAAUGAAACUGCUGGGUCAGUUCCGAUGCCUUGCCCCCGUCUCUCGUCUUCAACCUUGCCCCCGUGUGGACCCUUCACCUCUCCUCAUCGCGGGAGAUAUCCUGGGCAACAUCUACUUCCUGGAGUGGAGCAGCCUCAGUGCUUGAAAGGGAGGAAGAAAAACCUCAGCCUUUCCUUUCUCAUGUGCUGCUGAAUUUAAUGGCACAAGAGCUGCAAUCCUGGCAGAUUUCCCACCGUCUUCUGGAGUUGGCCGUUCCGUGCUUCAAAGAUGAAUGUAGAAGACCUGCAUCUUGGUUGAUUUGAUGAUGUUUGUGUUGUGGCCUCGAGCUGCGAGGCAACUCCUGUGCUCCCCAGACUCAACAGCUCAAGAUGAGAUUAAUAAGGUUAAUGUAUUGAAAGCAUUAAUGGCAGAAAUGUUUCUGAACACUGAAGUUUUUGACGUCAGAUUUGUGCCUGUUCAAAUGCACAGGGCCUGCCCGCUUUAACCCAUGCUGACUGUAGAAGGACAUUGUGGGCAGCUAAUUUGCUAGUGGCUGCUGAUAAUUCAAAUGGUUUUUAAUUUGCACUUUGUUUUCAAAAUAUAAAGUCCACAGCAAUUGGUGGGCAGAAAAUUCAA